AUGAGCAUUGCAACACCAUCCCACGAUUUCAACACCGCUAGCCAAACCGCUCCUGGACGGUCGCUGCCAACGAACGACGAGCGCGAAACCUGUCAUCCACCCAUCACAGCAUUAGCAAUCGAAGCUCAACAUGCCAAGUUUGGCUGUGCUGUAUUCGUAGAGGAAGAGCAACAGCUGCUUCUAUGCGAAGACCUUUCCUGCGACUUUGCCUUUGACGAUCGCGACCAGCCUGAUCUCAUGCCUGUCCUGGUGCCUAAUCCAAUUCAGGCCCAAGCAAAUACCGGCGAUGGCCAUGGUAACAAUAAUGCUCAUCUUGAACAGCGGCCUUCAGGUCGAGACAACCGUCUUGACGCCGCUCAUGAGGGAGGCGACGAUAACACUGAUGGCGCAACCCCGACAUUCAGCGACCACGCUUUCGGUUUCAUCGAAAGCUUACUCGCGCAGUUCAAGCCAGAUCUCAUUGUGGUGUCCUCUAGAUGUCCAGAGUCUUUUCUCGUCAUGCUGCAGCACCAUGCUGACCAGAGAAAUAGUACUCUCCAGGUGCGCUCGGCGAGGGACUUUCAGAUGACUUUAGGUCUUUCAAGCAUCGAAGAGGCUACAGCGCUCACUCGAACAUUUGCAGCCAGUUCCGUGACCUCCGGGUACACGUCUGUCGACGAAGGGAUUAUGAGUGGCCUCGUGGUACUCGACGCCAAGGUGGCUACGGCCAAGUCGCCUCUCUCGAUCGCCGCCGUCGGACCUCUCUUGUCGAGUCUGCGCAGCAACAGGGACAUCGGCAGAUCCCUCACACUAGUGUCGCUCUGCCUGGGCGACUACCUUUUCCUCGAUGAGAACUCACUGAAGAGCCUGAGCAUCUGCUCGAGCGAUGUACACGGAUUUGUUCAUGCUAAAGAGGGCAGAGAAGGGUUCACUAUCCUAGACUCACACCACUUACUCAGAAGAUGGAUCAUGCUGCCACUAGCAAAACGCAAUGACAUCAGACGAAGGCACGAAGCCGUAGAGCUGCUCGUACGGCAGGAGAGCUCCGCCGAACUGAUCGCUAUCCGUCAGGCUCUCACCGAGCUCGGCGGACUUCCACAGCUCUGCUUCACGCUCAAUCAGGGUGUCGGUACGGUCUUCUCUUGGGAAAAGUUAUACAAGACUUGUAACGCUGUCUUGAAGAUCUGCUCAGCUCUGAACGGCUUAGAGCUAGCCAUGUCGGGGCUUAUCUCGGAUAUCCGUUUCCAACUCAUAAUCGAUCCGUUCUUGCGCCUAGCCGACAAGAUCCAAGAAAUUUAUGGCUUGAAUAGCAAGAACAAGGGCAAGGUCACCGUAAAAGCAGGUCUCGACGAGCGUCUCGACACUCUCAGAAAAACAGAAGCCAACCUACCAUCGCUGCUGAACAGAGAAGCGGCCAAUCUGCGAAGCAAUCCUGCUUUUCGCCCCACGAACAGGAUUAAUGUCGUCUACUUUCCUCAGAUCGGCUACUUGAUCGUCGUUCCCGCUGGUGAGGUCGUUGACAUGAUACAGGAUCCGAGUUUGGAGAAGCCUUUUGAGACUCAGGAGUAUGUCUAUCUGCGGAACAGCCGAAUGGAAUUCUUGAGCGACCACCUGGGUGACAUAGCCUCCUACAUCGCAGAUCGAGAAAUCGAGAUCUUGGACGAACUGUACAAGCUGCUGGAAGAAAGCAGUCCAGCUUUGCUUGCUGCCCAUGCAGCCUUGUCUCAACUUGACUGCCUGAUUGCUUUUGCGAGAGCUGCUACAUUGUACGACCUCAGAAGACCAACGCUGGUCGAGGAACAGGUGGUGAGGCUCAAAGGUAGUCGCCAUGCGCUCAAGGCGCUGUCUGAUGAAAGCUUUGUGCCGAACGAUAUCGAGCUGCAAGGUGGCGUCGGACUCCAAACUGAGGGUAACGCGGAUGACACUCAAUCGGGACAAGAUCCUGCUAGGGAAGCAGAAGACGAGGGACAACAGGCUUCACAAACCCAAGGGCCUGCGGAAGUGUCGAACAAGAUGGACGGCAAGUGCAGUGUUAUGGUUCUAACAGGCGCGAACUCAUCUGGCAAAAGUUGCCUCCUGCAACAAGCGGCGCUAGCGGUCUUCCUCUGCCAGUGUGGAAGCUUCGUCCCCGCGACUCGUGCAGAACUAGGUGUGUUUGACAGAAUCCUGACGAGAAUGAGACAGGACGAAUCUGUCGCUAGCGAGGGAAGCUCCUUCACACGCGAACUAGGACGCUUGCAUCGAGCCAUGUCCAUGUCGACCAAACGAAGCCUGGUUGUUCUUGAUGAGGUGGGAAGAGAGUGUCGAAGCGACGACGGAGCCGGCCUAUUCAUCGCGACCAUCGAUGAAUUCUUACAACGCGGCCAAGACUGUCCUGUCGUCUUAUCUGCCACUCAUCAUCUUCGAGCGAUCGAAAGACAUCUCCCGCACUCGCUCCCAAUCCUACGAGCGCACAUGCAAACUCUCCUCCUUCCGACCCUUACCGACCUACACAACUCUCUCACCUACCUCUACCGGCUCAAACCAGGCUUUGCUGGCACCUCCCACGCAUGUCACUGUGCUCGACUCUGCGGUGUGCCCGAAUCGGUUGUCGAACGAGCUGAUCGCAUCUGCCGUGCAGGCUUGAGGCAGUGGCAUGAUUUGGAAGCAAUGCGGGACGAGGCGAUCGUGCGAAGGCUGUUGCAGCUUCAGUUGGGGAACGAUGUUGAGGAGGGAGGGGAUGAGCAGCAGAUGAGCCAACAGCAGCAGGUGAUGAAGAUAGAUGAUGAGGAGGCGAGGAAGUUGAUCCAUUGGAUUUUGUGUGCUCAGGAUAACGAAAUGCAGGAAGAAGGAGCGGCAAUGCAAGGAGAGUAA